AUGAGGGUCAUCCAAGGUAUGGCAUCCGCACCGCUCGAGACUCUUGUUACGUCGACUGUGUCCGAUCUUUUCUUCGUCCACCAACGAGGCACUCGCCUGUCCAUCUGGGGGAUGAUGCUUUCUUCCGGCGUCUUGCUCGGCCAAACGAUCUCCGGGGCUAUCAUCCAGAACCUCAGCUUCGAGUCGACCUUCGGUAUCUCGGCGAUCAUAUAUGUUCCUAUCAUGGUCGGUCUCUACUUCGUUGUUGUCGAGACCACCUACAAUGGUCCUCGCACUGGAGGACCAAAGAUUCAGAUCGAAGAGAAGGGCUCGUUCUUCGAGAUUGACACUUCCGAGAAAGAAACAUAUCGCGACAAAUUGCGCCUAUUCCACGGCCGCCUUUCACCCGAGUCGUUCUGGAGAGGCGUCUGGAAGCCCGUCCCACUCAUCGCCUACCCUGCCGUCCUCUUCUCGACCGUCGUCUACGGAACAUACUUCACCUUUCUCCUGACUAUCUCGGUCCUCGCGGUCACUGCCCUGUCACUGCCCCCCUACAACCUCAACCCCGCUCAAAUCGGUCUUACGAACGUUCCCCUCCUCCUUGUCGGCUUCAUUGGCUCGCCGCUCUCAGGCUGGAUGGCCGAUUGGGCUGCUAAGUUUAUGGCCCGCCGCAACAACGGUGUCUUCGAGCCCGAAUUCCGCCUCGUCCUCAUGCUCGUCGCCGUCCCCUUCGCCACCGUCGGCUUCAUCGGCUUCGGCUACUCGCUCCAUAACGCUGCCUCCAUCUACCAGGUCAUGGCCUUCUUCUCCAUCUACUCGUUCUCCGUGCCCUUCGCUUCGCAGGCUUCGCUCACAUAUGUUAUCGAUUGCCAUCCUACCGAUGCGAACCAGGCCUUUGUCACUAUCAACUUCACAAAGGCGAUAUUCACGUUCCUGGCGACUACGUAUGCGAAUGGGUGGAUGAUGCAGGUUGGGCCGAAGACGGUGUUUGUGGCGCUGGCAUGCAUCAACCUCGCAGUGUGCUCCUUGACCAUCCCAGCCUAUGUUUUCGGAAAGAGGUUCAGAAGCAUAAUCGCGCGGAGUAAGUUUGGGCAGAAGAUGGCUGCGUAA